GAUUUAGCUAAGACCGAAAACGCAUGGUGGUCGAUUUGGCUUGUUGUGAAGAUGUAUUUUUCAGACGAUGAAGAGGAACUAAUCGUUCCGCAGGUAAAGAAACCAUUAAUAUAUGGAAGUCUAGAGGAAAGAGAAAAGCGGAGACUUGCAGCUGGCAGCACUUCAGGAUCUUUCGCUUCAGACGCCAUAAAAGCUGGUAAAGCUGCUGGGAAUAUAAACAUCACGGAGGGAGGGUCCUAUGACAUUGCAGAAGUAGAUCCUAAUGAGGGACAAGCAGAAUUGCUAGCUGUUCUAGAAAAAAAGAAAAAGGCCAGACAGAUUCAGGUGUCGACGGAUGACUCUGAAGUUAAAGCUAACCUCAGACAAUUAGGGGAGCCAAUCUGUUUGUUCGGAGAGGGUCCAGCUGACAGAAGAGACCGCCUCAGAAGAACUUUAGCUGAGUUGGGCUCAGUGGCCACAGAUGCAAUAUUGAAAAAGGCAGAAGAAUUAUCGCAGAAGAAAAGUAAAGACGAGGAGAAUGUAACUUGGUAUCAUGAAGGGACUUCUGUUCUGAAAGAGGCAAGGGUAUGGAUAGCAAAAUACUCAAUUCCUAAAGCUAAAGAGAGAAUAAGAUUACAGAAAGAAGAGAAACUGAUACCAACAGCAAAGAAAAAUGCCCAGCUUCAAGACCUUAAUAAACGAGUUAGAGCAAUCACCAAUGAGUGCAGUCAGAUCGGAGAUGUCAGACCACUUUCAUAUUGCGAGUUUAGUCCUAAUGGUAAAAUACUUGCUGUAGCAUCGUGGUCAGGCUUGUGCAAGCUGUGGUCUGUCCCAGAUUGCCAGCUCAUUCGACAAUUAAGGGGUCAUAGCUGCAAUGUUGGUGCCAUCGUUUUCCAUCCCAAAGCUACACUUUCACUGGAUGACAAUUCAUGCUGUAUGGCUUCCUGUAGUCAAGAUGGGACUGUGAAGCUAUGGAAUCUUGUAAGUGAUGAGCCCGUGGCAGACAUAGAAGGCCACAGCCCAUACAGAGUGUCUCGUCUGAAGUACCACCCGUCAGGGCGAUUCUUGGGUACCUGCUGUUUUGACAACUCCUGGAGACUUUGGGAUUUAGAGGUCCAAGAGGAAAUUCUUCAUCAGGAGGGUCACAGUAAACCGGUUUAUGACAUCUCCUUCCAGGGGGAUGGUGCUUUAGCGGCAACAGGAGGGCUUGAUGCAUUUGGAAGAAUUUGGGAUCUAAGAACGGGGAGAUGCAUUAUGUUUUUAGAGGGCCAUAUCAAGUCAGUUUUUUCUGUUGAUUUUGCUCCUGAUGGUUAUCAUGUCGCUACAGGAAGUGAAGACAACUCGGUGAGGAUUUGGGAUCUAAGGCAGAGAAAAUGUGUAUAUACCAUUCCAUCUCACAAGAAUAUAGUGAGUAAAGUGAAAUUCCAACCCAACCAUGGCAGUUACCUAUUAAGUGCAUCAUAUGAUUGUACAUCCAAAGUCUGGGCCCAUCCAACGUGGGCACCAUUAAAAACGUUAGCAGGGCAUGAAGGAAAAGUAAUGGGUGCAGACAUUUCUCCUGACCUGAAGUACAUUGCAACAGUGUCUUAUGACAGAACAUUCAAACUGUGGACCACUGAACUGCAAGGAGGAAUUUAAUUGCAGGGAGUGAUAUGUGUAUGUUUUGAUUUAUAUUUCACCAUCAGUAGACAUUUUACAUUUGCAUCUCCCAAGGUUGCUCAUUGAUAACAUGUAUCAUGAUUUUCAUUUCAAGAUUUCAGAAAAUUGUAUUAAAACAAGUCAUAGCAUUG